CCUCAACAAAUACUGCUCGUGACGACUUGAUGUGGUUAGUGGCGGGGGGUGUGAUCAAAUCUCAAAAUCUCAGGGUCGACCCUGGCUUGCAUCGGGACUGAAGACACCAAAAUUUUAAGUUGCGCACUGAUUUUAACUGUAGUGUCAGUGUGUGUGUGUGUGUGUGUGGGCGAUUUAGUCAGCACCCCCCUCCUCAUGAUAUAUUUUGCUCUCGCGCUUCCCUAUGACCUAGACUUUGCUUAAAAAAUAGAAAUGCCUCUGCUUCUAUAAUCCCCUAUUUGCUCUCUAAACCCUCUGCUUCUCUACCACGCCAAACCCUACAAUUUUCUAAAGACACAACAACGACACACCCCUGUGCGCCCAGCGUCCCGCCAGCGUCCCACCCCGGCCUACAGACAAGAUAUAGACGAAGUAGAGCUCGCGCUGUGCCCAUAGCUGAAGGGGGGUGUGCGCACAGCUCAGAUUAUUUCAACUCGCUCUCAACCUGCCCUCCCUCUCUCCCAACCCGGAGCCAGAACGAACGAAGACCCUACAAGCGGCCUGGCCACGAUGUCUUCGAGCAGCAAAAGUAAAGCCCACCUGCGGCUGCGUUCAGACUCUAACCGGACGACCUUCACUAACAUGCUGGCGAGUGUAGAGGCUGCUGCGGCAGAGUCGCUGAGCGAGGAUGCGCUGGUCCACCUCAAGUCGUACAGGUACUCGAGCGUCGAUGAGAGCUAUAUUUCGAAUUAUAUCCUAAAACACUACUGGAAUGCAUGUGUGGAAUUCCUACCCCUGUGGCUGGCGCCGAAUAUGGUGACGCUGCUGGGCUUCUUCUGCAUUAUCAGUAAUGUGGUUUUCCUGGUCAUAUGGCAACCCGAGAUGAAUGGGCAGGAUCCGUCAUGGAUCUACUACAGCUUCGCCUUCGGCCUCUGGGCCUACUCGACCAUGGACAACAUCGACGGCAAGCAAGCGCGCCGCACCGGCACCUCCAGCCCCCUCGGCGAGCUCUUCGACCACGGCAUCGACUCCCUAAACUGCACUCUAGCCAGCCUCCUCGAGACCGCAGCCAUGGGUCUCGGAAGCUCCAAAGCCGCAAUGUUCACGGCCCUCGUGCCUUGCAUACCCAUGUUCUUCUCAACCUGGGAGACAUACCACACACACACCCUGUACCUAGGCGUCAUCAACGGCCCAACAGAGGGUCUCAUCAUCGCAUGCGUAAUCAUGAUUCUCGCCGGCCACUUUGGGCCCGUCAUCUGGACGCAGCCACUCACCGAUUUCUUCGGAACCGCCUGGUUCCCCUCCUCCCUCUCCGCCCUCACCUUCCGCGACGUCUGGGUCGGAAUCAUCAUCCUCACGCUCUUCGGGACGCAAAUCCCCUUCUGCGUGCUCAACGUCGUGCGCGCGCGCCGCAGGGACAAUCUCCCCGUCGCUCCCGUGUUCCUGGAGUGGACGCCAAUGAUCACAUUCGGCGUCGCCGUUGGCGCGUGGCUGCUCUCCCCGCACUCCACAUUGAUGGCUGAGAACCACCUCGUCCUCUUCUGCCUCACCAUGGCUUUCGUCUUCGGUCGCAUGACCACGAAAAUCAUCCUCGCCCACCUAACGCGCCAGCCCUUCCCCUACUGGACCGUCAUGCUCUGGCCUCUCGUCGGAGGCGCCAUAAUCUUCAACCUCCCCCCCAUGCUCGGCUUCCCUCCCCUCACCGCAGGCAUGGAACUACUCUACCUCCGCGCGUACUUUGUGUUCGCAGCCGUAGUCUACUUCCGCUGGGCGUGGCUGGUGAUUAACUCCAUCUGCGGGUAUUUGGGGAUUAACUGCCUGACGAUCCCGGAGGUUAAGGCGAGGGAUUUGGAGAGGGAACGGAAGCUGGCGGAGACGGGGAAGAGGGCGGAGAGGCUGAGGAGUGCGAGUUUCAGGGGGGGGAAGGGGUAUGUGGCUGAUGUGGCGGAUGCGAGGGGGAAGGUGCAUUGA